UGUGUGCACUGGCAAGAUCCAAGUCUCAGUUGAAUAGCAAAUUGGUCCAAAUUAUUGAAAGGAAAAAAGCCUUGGGAAGAGGAGGGGUAGGAGACCGGAGGAGGGGGGCAGCAACAAUCCUUUUCCCUUCCCAGAUGGUGAGAACAGUGCCGAUCGCAUCACAUUCCGCGGAACGUUCCCAGUCGUCCUAUGGUGAAGUGCCAUCGCUCUAAUCAAAAACAAACGGAGCCGCAGCAUUCGCUUGCGCUCAACUCAGCUCCAGUACGGAACGUCCAUCCUUGGCUGUGCGAGGUCUCCGUCUGGCCGAUAUUCGGUGGCGACGGGGCCUUGAACGAUUGAACUGUGGUUAAUUGAAGAAGCGGGAGAAGUAAAUACGAGCACACCACUCAAGACGAAGUUACUAUGGAGAAGCGCAGGGAGGCGGGAGUCUAACGUGGAUAGGGGGCACAAAUCAAAUCAAAAGAUUUACUAUUCGGAUUAAUACAAUUUUGAAGACUUCAUUUUGAGAGGGAUUUUCAUCAGAUUUUCUGGCCAUUAUCACACGCAAGCAUGAACGGAAAGGAAGCGAGGUUUUGCACGGGAUGCUGGAGGCUACUGCUGCUGUCAAGCAUUCUGGUUCUACACUUGAUUCCCCUCUUUGUACAUGGGAACACUCUGGGGGCCAAUGUCACUGAGUUGGACACCACAGCCAAUGUGACAUCCCUGCCCAGUAAGGUCGAAGAAGCGGCCAAAGUGAAUGAUGUCGUUACCAAGGUGACCUGGGUCAGCAGCUCAGUCAGCCCCAUCGUCACAGUGACCCAGAGGCCCGGCCACAUGCCCCGCUCCGAGGAGGAGCAAGGCAGCGGCAUGCUGGGAGAAGGGGUGUUGCCAGCCGAGGAGGAGGUGGUGGCCCCGCCCAGGAUCAGCCCUGACUCAGCAGAGACAGAGCUCCUGCUGCCUAGCAACCCCCGUGGCACGGAGGAGGAAGAGGAUGAAGAGGAGCACACCGACCCACCGUGGCUGAACGCCAGAGACAACGUCUUCGACCUGGACCGCCACUUUCAAGAAGGAGUAGCCAAUCUGGCCACCACCACUGCCCCUCCACCCGCCGCUGCUAACCCCUCCCGCCCGGACGUCCUCACGGUGGACUUCUUCGACCCCGCCUCUCGCGGCCGCGGCCUGGACCUAGCCCCGCCCUCUCCCUCCUCUUUGGCCCACGAGCUCCAGGGUGGCGACCCCACUUCCUGGGCCAUGCCAGACAACUACGACUACCUCACGCCGUACGAAGACGGUGCGUCGCCCACCCCUGAUGAGUACUCCUACAGCACCACUACUGAUACCUUGGAUGGGGAUGACGACUUGAGGCUAACUGCCGGGCCUCCAUCGCGCUCCAGGCCCAGGGCUCCCCCAGGCUCCGGCUCCUUCACCCCAGACAAGAGGCUGCCCAGUGGAGGUGCUGCUGCUGCUCCAGAGGGCCCUGCGGCAGCCCCUCCAGCGUUACCCGUGGAUGGCUCAGACGGAGCCGGUGGCUGCCGCCAGGGCUACGUGAAGCAGAAUGGAACCUGUCGCUCCCCCUGCGACACACUGCCCAGCUACUGCUUCAACGGAGGCCAGUGCUACCUACUGGAUGGCAUGGGGGUCUUCUGCAGGUGUAAUGUCCAGGACUACAUCUGGCACAAGGGUUCUCGCUGUGAGUCGGUGGUGACAGAGUUCCAGGUGCUGUGUCUGACCAUCGGGGCGUCGGCCCUCAUGGUGCUGCUGCUUUUCAUGAUCAUCGUCUGCUUCGCCAAGAAGCUCCACGUGCUCAAGACCGAGAACAGCAAGCUGCGCAAACGCAGCAGUAAGUACCGGCCUCCAUCGGAGCAGCACAAUGAUAAUUUCUCCCUGUCCACCAUCGCUGAGGGCUCCCACCCAAAUAAAACCAUGAGCAGAUACACUUGGGAGUGUAAGACCAAAGAGGAGCCCGACGGUGAGUUUCACGCUGACGGAAGGAAAGAUGGCCCCUAUCCUGUAACCAUGGAAGUGACGUAUCCCCACGUCCUGCCCGAAGUUACUAUCUAGGCCAUCAGCCAAUGGGAUGAUCCUAAUGCCCAGAACAAGCUGGAGGACCCCGUGAAGGCCCCGGUGCCCAAGGAGGACGACUCCCUGAACAUCCACAACUCCCUGACCCCCAAACACGAGAACCACAAGGUACUGGGCGAGGAGAACUCCUCUGAGGUAAACUCACUGCAGAACAACAUGAUGUAGAAGCCUGGGUCGGGAUGAAAGCUCCAGUCCUGCUCUCUAUCCCAGCCACCACGCCUACAACUGCUACCACCAGCCAACCACCGUCUACAACACGGCAACACUGCCACCAAGCGGCCCACGCCGCUGCAAAAAAAAAAAACACCACCCCAGCUGAAACUCCCCCUGACCUGCCACCGCCUAUAGCGACCCCUUACGCCCAAUCACGCUCCCCCGCCUCGCUGCCCUGCCCCUUCGUUGCUGUCACUCUGCUCCCCCUUACCCCUUGCCCGCACGCACAUACACACACUAGAACACACAAACCGACACACCAGAACACACAAACACACACAUAUAUGUACAUACACACACUCACAUAUACACUCAUAUUCCCCUGCCUGCAUUGGUGUAUUUUGUAAAAAGAAAAAAAUCAUAUGGAGUUUAAAAAAGAAGUUAAACAUUGUAAAAAAAAUAUAAAAGUUACUGAGAGGUUUCAAUGUUUGUCUGACUAAUUAAGUGAGUAUGUAUAAAUAUAUGGAAAAAAUGCUUGGAUUGAUAUAAAAGAAACAACACAAUGUGUCUUCGUUUUCAUUGAUGUGAUUUCUAAUCCUUUGAUGUACUUGUUUUAUUUUGUACUUUUUUGGGAAAACAGACUUCAAAACAGAGAACAAAAUCUGAGUUGUUGAAAUAAACCUUUUUAACAUGA